GCCCUAAAGACCUUCUCUCAGAUCGUUGCAUUCUUUCAUGUCCCUCCAUGGAUUUGGUUACAUGUUUGUUGGAUUUCCGCUUAAAUUUUGCUUCCAACAGGAGCAUAGUUCCUCGCUUGGCAGCUUCCCUUGCAGCUUGUGCUCAACUGAGUGCCUUAGCUGCUGGCCACAGAAUGUGGGCCCUGCAGAGACUGCGGAAGCUGCUCACCACCGAGUUUGGCCAGUCCAUUAACAUCAACCGGAUCCUAGGGGACAAUGAGGGAGAAACACGAGCUUUGGUGAGAAGGCAGUGGUGCUCUCCUCUUCACAUUAAGAUUAAAGUGCUAGCCCUGAUGUACAACAUUUUUUGUGUCCAUGGCAAAAUAGGAAAUGGGCAAAUGAAUAGUCUUCUUGCACAGGUCUGCAGGUCUGUAAAAAGUAUUCCAGUUUAG